AUGAUGUGUAUGUUCCUUGGUUUAAUAAUACUCGCUUAUGUAUUUUAUCGAGUCUAUCAACGUUUAAAUCCAGCACCAGAUAUAAAUCCUAAUGGUAAAUAUGUAUUGAUUAGUGGUUGUGAUACUGGUUUUGGUAAUGGAUUAGCAAUUGAAUUAGACCAACAAGGUUUCAAUAUAUUAGCUGGUAUUUAUAAUCCAAAUAAUCAAGAUUCACUAGUAAAAAUUCUAUCAUCACGAGCAACUGUUUUUAAAUUAGAUAUUACUCGACAAGAAGAUAUUGAUUCUGCGUAUGAAAUGAUUAGUGCUAAAACAAAAGUACUUCAUGGCCUUGUUAAUAAUGCCGGUAUAGGUGCCGCUGGAUUGAUUGAUUGGACAUCAGUAGAAUUUAUACGUAAAGUGAUGGAUGUAAAUUUUUUUGGGCAUGUUGCGAUGACUAAAAAGUUUUUACCAUUACUGAUUGCCAAACAAGAUUCACGUGUUAUUAAUAUUUGUUCUGUGGCUGGUUAUUUAACUAAACCAGGCAUGUCAGCUUAUGCAGCAUCAAAAUAUGCUCUCGAAUCAUUUUCUGAUUGUCUUCGUCGUGAAAUGGCUGUAUGGAAUUUACGUGUCAGUAUUAUUGAACCAGGCUUUAUGCGUACAAAUAUCGUUGAGGGACAUGAUACAGGAAUACGUAAAUUAUGGGAAGGAUUAGCAGGCGAUGUCAAAGAGCGAUGGGGUGAAGAUGUUCUCAAGGAACAUGCUCAUGAAGCUGCAAAUAAUUUAUUCAUGAGAUACGCCGAAAAUCCUGCCAAAGUAGUACAAGCACUUAAGCAUGGCGUUAUGAAUACAGCUCCACAAAUUCGUUACCGGCCAGGAUGGCAAUCUAGUUUCAUCAUGUUUCCACUAUCAACAAUGCCAGCUUGGCUAACUGAUUAUGUUAUGAUUCGGCCGAGUUUAAAAGGAGCUCCACCUGCUGGUUUACGGAAACAACUCAUUAACUAA